AUGUUUCGCGCGCAGCCAAAUCACUUCGACGAUGCCGUUGCCAAGGCGACGGACGAGAACCUGACUUCUGAGAACUGGGAAUAUAUUCUGGAUGUCUGUGACAAAGUUGGUUCCGAGGAAUCAGGUGCGAAAGAGGCUGUGGCUGCCAUGAUCAAGAGGCUGGCUCACCGAAAUGCCAACGUCCAGCUUUAUACAUUGGAGCUUGGAAAUGCGUUGUCGCAAAACUGCGGAUUGAAGAUUCAUCGCGAGUUGGCCUCCAGAAGCUUUACCGAUGCACUAUUGCGCCUGGCGAACGACCGUAAUACGCAUCAACAAGUCAAGUCUAAAAUUCUGGAGCGGAUGGAGGAAUGGACGCAGAUGUUUUCAUCAAACCCAGAUUUUGGUAUUAUGGAACAAGCUUAUAUGAAAUUAAAAACCACCAACCCGAAUCUGCAGCCACCGUCGAAACCAGGCAAGCGUGAGAUCACUGAUGUUGAUCGCCAGAAGGAGGAAGAAGAAUUGCAAAUGGCACUGGCUCUCUCAAUUAAAGACAAGGCAAUCCCAUCGGCGUCUACUCCGGCAGAAUCUCGAGCUCAGGCAUCAUCAUCUGCAACUGCAGCUGCAUCGGUACCAACUCCAAUGAAUCAAGCAGAUUCCGCUGAAGCUCAAGCUGUACUUUCGGGUACAUCGGUGGCCACUGUGUCGCGUGUGAGAGCGUUGUUUGACUUCCAACCUUCCGAGCCUGGCGAGCUUCAAUUCCGCAAAGGCGAUACGAUUGCAGUCCUUGAAUCGGUUUACAAGGAUUGGUGGAAGGGAUCUCUGAGAGGCCAAACUGGCAUCUUCCCUCUCAACUAUGUCGAGAAACUCCCAGAUCCCACUGUGGAUGAGCUCCAGCGCGAAGCUCAGAUGGAAGCUGACGUUUUUGGGCAGAUCAAGAGUGUUGAAAAACUACUGACUCUGCUGAGCACUCGCAACCCAGAUCUCAAUGUUCAUGAAAAUGAAGAGAUUACUACUCUCUACCAGGCUACACUUGCAAUCCGGCCCAAGCUCAUCGAAUUGAUCGGCAAAUAUACGCAAAAGAAAGAUGAAUUCACCCAGCUCAAUGAGAAGUUCAUCAAAGCUCGUCGCGAUUACGAGUCCCUCCUAGAGGCGUCGUUGGCGCACCCAGCGCAGCCGCAAUACGGAAGACCUCCCCAGCAACAGUAUGGUUAUCCUGGCGCUGCGCCUGCUGGGUACCCAUCUGCUCCUCAGGCAGAUCCUCGAUACUUCACUCCCCGGCCUCAAGAUACUACGCCGGCCCAAGCAAACGCAUACGGGCCAUACCCUGUCAGCGAGCAGACCAUGCCGUACCGCCCAGCCUCUCACUCCCCUGAUCCCCGUACUCAAGGUCAAGCGGGGUCGCCGGCAGUGCAGCAGCAAACACCCCAGGCCGAUCCCUACCAACCUGUUCAUCACCACCCGCAGUCUACAUACGAUAACCCUCAAGAACUGGGGACCUCUGUGUAUGAUACACCUGUUGAUCAGCCUGCUACUGUUCCUGGUCAGCGCAUGCAGUACCCUCCAGCUGCCCAAGCUGCGCCUGCUGGCCACCAGCAGUUCCAACACCACCAGCAGCAACAACAGCAAGACUAUCCGCCCUCGGCUUAUUCCCCCGAGGAGACACCUCAGAUCCCGCCUGCCUCCAACAUGCCUAAAAUCCCACCCCAGUUCCAGCAACAACAGCAACAGACCCCCUAUCCUAGCUCCCCCAGUAGCCAUCAGCCCCCUCCCUCGCACCAGCCUCCACCGGUACCCGGAACAGCACAGCAACAACAGUAUACAUCCUACAACCCGGCACCUCCGGCUGCAAGCACGGGUGAGUACCAAGCCUACCAGCCUUCACAGGGUGGUGCAGCAGCCUCGAACCCGGCUUCUUUCUAUCGGUAA